AAACCUAUUAGAAGCUAGGAACUUCAGAUCCUUCAUUUGAAUACAGGACAUAUAAAUGGAGUUGUUAAGAGCGAUCGUCUUUUUGUUUUGAGAAACCUGUCAAUAUGCCUGACCCGUCCAAGUCAGCUCCAGCACCCAAAAAGGGUUCUAAGAAAGCCGUCACCAAGGCGCAGAAAAAGGACGGCAAGAAACGCAAGCGCAGCCGCAAAGAGAGCUACUCCAUCUACGUGUACAAGGUGUUGAAGCAAGUGCAUCCAGACACCGGCAUCUCAUCCAAAGCCAUGGGCAUCAUGAACUCGUUUGUCAACGACAUCUUCGAACGCAUCGCCAGCGAGGCCUCCCGCCUGGCGCACUACAACAAGCGUUCCACCAUCACGUCCCGCGAGGUGCAGACAGCUGUGCGCCUGCUGCUUCCCGGAGAGCUGGCCAAGCACGCCGUGUCGGAGGGCACCAAGGCCGUUACCAAGUACACCAGCUCCAAGUGAGGCGCGCCAAGUCGCCCGGAACCCAAAGGCUCUUUUCAGAGCCACCCACACAAUCGAGAAAGGGUUUCGAGCACGGUGACCGGUGGUUACGUAAACCCAUUUCUACAUUCUUAAGCUUUACCAGCUUCCCAGUUACUGGGAGGGGCCCCGCCAGAGUAGUGUGCGCGUGCGGGUGUGUGAGUGGAGGGAGAGAUCGUGUAACUUGCUCUUUACAGGAAGUUAAAUAGAACGCUGGCGAGGUGAUUGUGGACUCCGUGUGCAUACUUAAGACAUCCGCCAGGCGAAGUAGGAACCUUGAGCUCCAAACGUUCUUUGAUGGCUGGAGAGUACAUUCCCUGCUCGUGUGUGUGUGGAUGCCAGGCCCAGCUUGUCUGCACCUGAUGUAUGCCUGCGGUUGAGGGGCUUCGGUCGUUUUCCCCAGGACCUCACGCCAACCCCACAACCCCUGUGUCCUUGAUGGGUGAGCUCGGAGAAGCACUAGAGGGUGCGUUUAGUGAGGCCUUGGGUGCUGUCGCGCAGCCCCAGGGUGGCGCCUGGCGCUGCAUCACCGCCUGGACCAGACAUCUUUAUCCUCAAAACUGAACAUUUCCGGGAGGAUAUCUGCUUGCCUGGAUCCUGAUCCCGCAAAGGCAGGGUGUUUGAACCCGAAGGGGAAUUGGAGGUGCUUUGUGCUCAGGGCGGUUGUAAGAGGCGGGCCCUUUGGCAGCUUUAACCCUUAAGAGGUGGGAGAGUCGAUUCCCCUUUUUCUGACUCCCCUUUCCAGCCGUAUUAUAUUAUGUGGCGUGCUGGUGAUGGAGAAUUCCCUCUAUUCUGAAUUCCUGGUGUUUAUUUGGAGAGAACCGUCGUAGCUCUGGAGAAAGCGCUUUGACAUGAGUUCACUAGGGUAAGGAGAUGGUUUUUCUUGCUAAAAGAGGAUUGCUAAUUACUUCCUGGGGCGGUUUGAGAGGUGUAUUGCAAGAACCUGUUGUCUCAGGCAAGGAACAGACGCUCCAUGAAAGGUAAAGGUGUUUUGCAGUACUUCUCUCCAAAGGAAGCCGGGGGCAGUGCCGGGCUGGGCGAGGGAGCUGGGAAGGAAAUGUGAGCACGGAGCCUCCGCAGCCACAGCCGCGUCCUCUUCCCCCGCGGGUCCACUCCCGAGGGAAAUUUUAAAACUCAAAGCAUUUUUAAGUUGGCACCUACAAUAUUUUUACCGUUCUAAUAGUUGCAAGGAUGCAAAACCCCCCCCCACAAGUUUAGGUCACAUCACUCUUUUAAAGAUAUCUAUUAAAGUGGCAAGUCAAUACCAUAACCAAUUCACAAAACACGGUCAUUUCAUCUUAAUGUAAGGUGUAUUUUUAAAUUACCAACCACCUUGUAAAAACAAAGUAUGUAAAUUGAUUUCAAAAUACUUGUAGGUGACCAAAAUUAAGUGUUUAGAAAAUUACCUGGGCCCUACACAAUUGUUUUAAAAAUAAAGUUUUGAUAAAUAAAAUUUAUAUGUAUGAAAAAUGGAGUUAACAGAGUGCACUCCCUGGGCAUAUAUGGUGGUGGUAUGGUUACAGUGAAAGCAGUGCACAGAAACAUUUCUCUUUGUUUUUUUUUAUAGAUUAACUGGUCUGAAGCAAUAUUUAGAAAACUACAUGGAAGUGGAAAAUUUUCUCACAACUGUUUUACUCAAAUCUUUGCCUUUCUAGUUAUAAUCCAAAAAUUAAAUUGAUCUACAUUCAAAA